GCACACUUGCAACCCGAAAUGAGCGGCAGCGGGCGGCCCAGGACUAGCUCGUUUGCUGAGCCUCCAGGGGUCCCGGGAGCCGCUGCAGCCGCCGCCGGAUCAGCCGUCGCUGGCGGAAGCUCUUCAGGAAAGACGGGGGGUGCGCAGGCCGCAGGCGGGAGUUCGUCUGGUUUCGGAAACUUAAAGCUGGGCAGGGAUAGUGGGAAAGUAACAACGGUAGUAGCCACACCAGGGCAGGGUCCAGACCGUCCUCAGGAGGUCUCGUACACAGACAUCAAGGUGAUCGGGAAUGGCUCAUUUGGAGUGGUGUACCAGGCUCGACUCAUUGACAGCCAGGAGAUGGUGGCCAUAAAGAAGGUGCUUCAGGAUAAGAGGUUUAAGGUAAGAGGAGUAAGAACCUGA